UAAGGUCUCAGUCAAAACAGGUGCUAGAACGUGAAGCUCCUCCUAUACAUCACGGACUAGACAUUGCAUGUGUAAUGUCGGACUGGGAAUAUUCAAUUUUGUAAAACCGACAUCAAAUUCAUCCAAUCGGGGUCAUGGCUGAUUUCGAUUUUGAUACAUACAAAAAAAACGAUCUGCGAAAGUCAUUACCGUUUUAACACAAAAUCUACAGCCAUUCUACGUGAGUACAACUGGUGAUAAAAAAAACCCGCGUAGAAGGUUUUUACGAGUGUAGUGAUCACUUUGCCAUAUAGCAGGACCUUCAUCCUUUAUUUUGAUUAUAUACGUGGUGGAUAUAGAUGGGAUACAUAAAGUGUAUGAUACAUUGCUCGUUAUAAUGUUGAAAAACACUCGAGCUGGGUCAUAUUUGUGGUGAGUUUUCAUUCGACAUCCCCUCGCGGUACACUGGAGUAGUGUGGAAUUUCAGGAGUCAGGCUGGCCUAACAAGGCCACUGCUGAAUUACCCACUUGUAAUGUUCAGCUUGCACUCUUGGAACACGAGCCGGAGACUGCCACCUUUUUCUGUCAUGUUGUAAUGACAUAUCAUGUGUAGUGUGUUUUAAACAACGAAAGGCAAUACGAGUGUACAAAGGAUUUUAAAGCCGUGUUAUACAAGCUUAUUUUCAGAUACAUUGAAGGUCGCCUGAGCGUUUGACGUUUAAGCGCUUUUGUGAUCAUAUUGGGAGUUUAGUUGUGUACCUUGAUCCCUCUUAUGAUGGACUCGCUCACGAAAAUGAUGCUCGAUUUGGGCGGUGUACUCUUCUUUGUCCUUUUAAGUGUUGAAUUUUCCUCGUCUGCAGCAGCGGGCAACAUUUUAUACCGGAAUGUCAAUAUAGCAGCCACAGUGGGAUUGGAAUGUUUCGUGGAUAAGGAUGAUAUACAGAUAGUUUGGACAAGGAACAGACGAAUACCAGUUGUUAUUGGGACAAAGGUCAUGGGGGACAGUCGGGUCAAGUUGAUGAUGGAUUACCCACGAGAACGUCAUCUCCACAUAGAAAACGUCAAAAUGUCCGACGCUGGCUCGUAUGAAUGUCUAGCAGAUUCCCAAACAACGCCACUAGUCAUAUACAACCUUACAGUUUUAGCAAAACAAAACCUUCAGAUAACAUCCACAGUGGCAAUACCAGAAGUUACAACCGAAACACAAGAAGGCAUGACAACUACAGAAAAGGAAACAAAACCGGACCGGACUUCACCGGAAGUGAAACCAACUUCCGCUCUUACAGACGGAAACGGAGUGGAGGAGAAACUAGCGGGCAACAAAGGGACCGGAGUGCGUACUGGAUACGAUUUUAUGGUGCUAUUUAUAGUUAUGAGUUUUGGAAUUCUGAUGCGGUUUUGAAAUAAAAGUUUGUUACAAAA